CCAAGACGCCCCAUCCCACUGCAGCAUGGAUCUCCCCCCAUUCAGAGGUCUUUCUGAUGUGCCGUGAGAGGUGCGAGCCCCCCGCCCCAGUCCCGACCCCCUCCCUGGUGCUCCUUCUCCCAGGACCAGUCCCGACCCCCUCCCUGGUGCUCCUUCUCCCAGGACCAGUCCCGACCCCCUCCCUGGUGCUCCUUCUCCCAGGACCAGUCCCGACCCCCUCCUUGGUGCUCCUUCUCCUAGGACCAGUCCCGACCCCCUCCCUGGUGCUCCUUCUCCCAGGACCAGUCCCGACCCCCUCCCUGGUGCUCCUUCUCCCAGGACCAGUCCCGACCCCCUCCCUGGUGCUCCUUCUCCUAGGACCAGUCCCGACCCCCUCCCUGGUGCUCCUUCUCCUAGGACCAGUCCCGACCCCCUCCCUGGUGCUCCUUCUCAUAGGACCAGUCCCGACCCCCUCCCUGGUGCUCCUUCUCCCAGGAUCAGGAUGGACCCUCUUCCGGGUCAUGGCCCUCCACCAGUCAGGAGGGACGUUGAUGGCCUGGACCUCCAGCAGGUGCCUGUCCUCUCCCUGGACCAGAUCCGCUCCAUCCGCGCCAACAACGACUACGUGGAGCGCCCCGUGACCCUGGACCAUGCCUCCCAGUCUGGCUUCUUCUACGCCCACGAUGACCGCUACCCCAUCACCCACGGAUACCCUCCUCAAGGUUACUCUCAUGGUUACCCUCAGGGGUACCCUCUCCCCCGGAGCCAGAGCCAGCAGCAACACGCCCACCUUGCCCAUCUGAGUCGCUCCAGUACUACCAGUUCAGCCAUGUCUCGGAUCAGUGCUGCCUCCGACCAGAGACUCCUGGUGGGCCUGACGCCCUCCCACUCUGGCCUGGCCUCGGUGGUGCGCUCCCAGCCUAAAGGAGAACUCAAGCCUGAGACUUCUCUGGGUAAACGCCUGGUGGAGGGAGAGGACCUGGGCUUGCACCUGUUUAUCUGUGAGCUCUGUGGGAGGUGUAAGUGUCAGGAGUGCUGCGCCCCGCGGAGCCUGCCGUCCUGCUGGGCCUGUGGGCAGCGCUGCCUUUGCUCUGCUGAGAGUGCUGUGGAGUAUGGCACCUGUCUGUGCUGCAUCAAGGGCCUGUUCUACCACUGCUCCGCUCAGGAUGACGAGGACAACUGUGCUGACCGGCCCUGCGCCUGCACAUCCUCCCACGCCUGCACCCGCUGGUGCACCAUGGGCCUUCUGUCGCUGUGCCUUCCCUGUCUCUGCUGCUACCCACCUGCCAGGCUGUGCCUCGCCCUGUGCCAGCGGGCCCACGACAGAGCCACCCGCCCCGGCUGCCGCUGCAGCAACACCAACACCGUGUGCCGCAAGAUAUCCACCUCCAACCCCAACCCUGGGCACACCCCUUUCUGCAGCAAGUCCCUCGAAAAGCCUGUAUGACAGGGCUGCAGCGGGAGUCAGCCAUCGCCUAGACAACGCAGUCUCAAUGACAACAUUACUAUGACAACAAACAUUGUUGCCAUGACAACGCCAUUGCCCCGCCCCCCACCCGUGACCUACCUACCGUGAACUUUCACCUUACGUACCUUCCAUACCUCUCCUCCUGCCUGAGGAGAAAUGACCAAAAGCUUUACUGUACUUCACUGUAACUGUACUGUACUGUACAUGUGGAGACUUGAGCCGAAACCUGAAAACCGCCUGGUGAUUUUUGCUGAACUGACUGCCAACCUUAACCUUACUGUGUUACAGUGUGGGCAUACUGCCUCUACCUUCCUCUUACUUUGUGGGCCAGCAUAGCGUACAUACUGUGGCUCUGCUCUGUGGGAUGGACUGGGGUUCUUCACUGUGCUGUGUGAUGGACUGGGGUUCCUCACUGUGCUGUGUGAUGGACUGGGGAUCCUCACUGUGCUGUGUGAUGGACUGGGGAUCCUCACUGUGCUGUGUGAUGGACUGGGGAUCCUCACUGUGCUGUGUGAUGGACUGGGGAUCCUCACUGUGCUGUGUGAUGGACUGGGGUUCCUCACUGUGCUGUGUGAUGGACUGGGGAUCCUCACUGUGCUGUGUGAUGGACUGGGGUUCGCUCUGUUAGACUUGACCUAUUUAUUAUUUAUUGGACUUCCUCCUCAGUGAGGUAGAGAGAGAGACAGAGAGAGCGGACCAUGUGUGACUCUGAGUACAGUGAGUAAGCUACUAGAACAAAUCCCAACACAGCCAUUAAUAAAAGGAGUCUCUGGCAAAUGUAUAUUCCAGGCAUGAGAUAUACAGAGACUGGGUGGUCUACAGGGAGUCUACAGGGUGUGCCUCUUUCCAUCCCCUCCCUCCCUCUCUGUCGCUCUGAAGAGGCAUCCUGGAGCCGACCAACAGAAUGGACAUACAAGAUGUGUCAAUGAGCGCCCAUGGCUGACAUUUUGUGUGAGGCUGAUGCAAAGACCCUAUCCUAAUGGUGGAACAAAACUCUAAAAUUGAAAAAUGUAUUACUGUUUGACACACCAAAAACGGACCAUGAUGUACUAGGUGAAUCUAAAGUGAUUAAACACAUUUGAUAUGGAAGGCACUAUGAGAUAUAGAGGUGGAUCGUCUGUAGUGUUCCCCAGCUGUCUGUCAUACGAACAGACUAACCUGGGGGGGGGGGGG